GCCGAUCACCAGUUGAUUGGAAUGUCACAUCACAAUGUGCACUCACAGCUUUUGACAUUGAGCCACUCGACCUUAGAGGCAGAGUUGCCGCUACUCUCAGACUCUCCCUCUUCAGACUCGUGCUCGUGCGGACAGGUCUAUCACAAGAUCACUUCACUGUUAAGGGACAAGGAUGAGGAAAUAAAAGUUGCAGCAGAGUUGGGCUUAACUCUGUUGACCAAGGUCAGGGAGCUGGAAGUCGACAAAGAAGAACUGGAGCUUCAGUUGUACGAAGCUCGGAAAGCAGACACGGAGAAGAGUAGAAAGCUAAGCGAAACGGAAAGCGCUCUGAGAAUUUUGGAGGAGGCAGUUUCACGUGCCGAUUGCGACAAUGAGCGCAAAGAUAAACAGAUUGAGAAUCUGCAGAAACUCUUGAAGCGAGAGAAAGACCUGAAUGGAAAGCUUGAAGAGAAGGCGGACUUGCUGUCUCAAGAACUUGCGAAAACUAAGGAAGGAGCGGAUAUCGCAAUCAGAGAGCGAAAUAAAGCGCGUUCUGAGCUAAAGUCUAUCCAGGCACAGCGGGAAAAAGUCCCGCGUAGUAAAGAAGUGGAUAUGGGGAAAGACCAAAAAAUAAAUUUAAAUCCGAAAGAUGAACCGCCUGCCGACACGGAUGUUCAAAUGCUGUUAGUUCUGGCAAAGGAGCUACAAGCCGCAAACCGCAAUCUAAGAGGCGACUUGAAGGCUGCAGAAGAGCGGAUUUAUAUUCUAGAAAACGACAUCAGUGAGGCCAAUAGACUUCUUCACGACUCACGGCUCGAUCAAGAACGGCUACGAACCCACGUGCAAGACAGUGCAUCCAUUGUCUCAACGGGGUCGUCCCCGAUGACCUCAGUUUUUGGCGAAUUGGAAAACGUAAUUAAGAGGACACGUCAGCAUGAUGACUUUGCUCUUGAAGACAGGGCAACUGGAACAGCCGUGCCGGCAGCGAGCGAUAUCCAAGUGCCAAGCACCACAGAGUCUCUACAAACAUCCCUUCACUCGCAGCUGCAAACCUUGACGCGCAUUGGCAGUCAACUUCGCAAUCGGCUGAACUCGACAGAUCCGCAGUGCCUUAAUCGUAAAAUCAGAAGGAGCUUUGAUAUGCGGGAAUUGUCAAAGUUGUCCAAUUCCGUAAUCGAAAACAUCAAGAUGGACGUCAAGGGGCUUCCACUCCGAUUCCCUGUCCUGAAACACUCUGCUGGUCUUCCAUCUCUUAGCGAGUUGUACAUCAUUCUGCUACUUCCGCUAGUGCAACUUGUGCAAACUUUACUGGACGAUAUCUGCAUUCUCCGGACCACAAUUAACGACUAUGCUCUCAAAAUGUAUGACAGCAUCUAUCAGAGCUCUCAACUUCCGCCACACGCUCCCGUGGUUCCGACCCCUUCCGAGCGCCCUCCUGAAACCUUGUCGAAGAGCCGAUCUCUCUCAAAUUUGACAUCCUACAUAUUACCGUCCGCAACGACUGUUGCCACUUGGUUUAGUAGAAAGCCUCCUGAAACAAUAAGCGAGAGCACGGAGAAUGAGAUUCCUAGUCCACCACCUCGACGCAAAGCCGCCACUUUCGGUGCUACAUCCGGCAAACGAGUAUUUUUGCAAGAGAAUUCUUAAAAGCCUUGACACUGACGGAAAUAUCCAUUCGCUGGCCUUGCUCGCAUUCUGUCGUUCAAGCUUUGCUCACAUGAACGACAGGAUGCAAAUGAUUGUUUCAUUUGCCUAUACUGCAGAAGGGCUGCUCACAGGACCGUCAAGGAAAAUGCUUACUGAGAAGCGUCCCUCCAAAAAUGGGAGAACGGGAUUACACGAUUGUUUGCUGAACAUAGACCAGUUGCAUGACACGGAAGGACAGCACACAAGCCUCAAUCUUGACGUGUAGCGAAGGCAACACACAUCCUUUUUGCCCACCCUAUUCAUAUGAUGGCGAUGCGCGCAUCGUGGGUCUGUUUCUUCUGAACUGGGGUCAUGGUUAUAGAUGAUGCACUGAGUCUAUUACGCAAGUUGUAUUAUACAUUUAAAUUAAGAAUAUAACGGCAUAUUUUGCGGUCCUCGCACGUU